ACACACAAAAACAGCCUCAAACUCGACAUCGAACGCUGUGAUAGCACAGAGAUGUUAAAUUAAAGCCUUUAUUACAUAUUGAAAUAGCUUUUAUUAUAACAGAAUAGCGCUUCAGAUGUUUCCAGCAAGACAUAGCGCUGGACUCAUUCGCUCUAAAUGCGAAAUGUUAUAGAGUGGUAGCUGGAGCUCACCUCUGGGGCUACGUGUCUGAUACGAAGGGUCGGAAGCUGACCCUAGUGCUGUCCAUGUCCAUCGGCUUCAUAUUCGCAACACUCAGCAGUUUCUCACCGGAUUGGAAGACGAUGGCCUGUCUUAAAUUGAUCAGCUCUAUAUUUACUUCGGCAAGCAACUCUGGUUCAUACACAUUGCUCGGCGAGAGCUGUCCUGCACGCUCAAGAGGUCGCUCUCUACUCCUCUGCACAUGCCUGAUGAUGUGCUCACAAGCUGUUGUAGCAGUGCUCGCGUACCCCAUCUUGCCUUUGGAGUUCUCCUACUGGAUCGAUUUCUUGGGCAUCUACUACAGAUCAUGGCGACUGUUGGCUUUAGUGAUGGCACUACCGUGUGCCGCCACCGCUUGCUUACUACAAUUUUUCCAUGAGAGUCCCAAGUUUCUCGCCUCUCAGGGCCGAUAUGAAGAAGCCUUGAAUGUCUUGAAGUCCAUAUAUGCUCAAAACAGCGGUGACCGUGCUGAUAACUUCCCAAUUAAGAAGCUCAUCGAAGACGAAGAGAAUAAGGCGCAAGCUAAUGAGGGUUCGAUCUUAAAGUCAAUGUGGCACCAGACAGUGCCACUGUUCAAGCCACCACUACUGAAGAACACCAUGAAGCUGUUUUACCUGGUCAUCGUUAUAUACAUGACUGGCAGUGGCUUCAUCCUCUGGUUGCCAUACAUCAUGAACAACCUGUUCUCGGUUCUGGAAGCGGGUGGUGGUCAGGGCAUGAACUUAUGCACCGUCAUUCGGUAUUCCACGCAGGAAGUUCUCAGGGUCGCGGAGAAUGGCACGGCCACAGUGGAAGUCUGCAAUGAUACUAUUCAAGAUACCACUCUACUGUCCGCGAUGUCAUACGGUGCUUUGGCAAGCCUUUCUAAUUUGGUACUCUCUCUCACUUGUGGUGCGCGUAAAAAAGUCGGCAUGAUGUGCAUCCUGGCCGGAUCAGCGAUGGCUGCAAUACUUCUCAACGCCAUCGCCAUUCCAAUCGCUGGAGGCAUAUUCUUCUUCUUCUUCCUUCUUUGCGCACUAACCAUGGGCAUUCUGAGCGUAUAUUUCGUCGAAUUAUAUCCUACUUCUUUGAGGGGCAUGGCUUCAUGCUUGUCUAUAAUGUUGGGGAGAUCCAGUGCGUUCCUCGGUGUGAAUGCUAUUGGAGCUCUUAUCUCUUACGACUGCGAAUCCACAUUCUACGCGUGGUCUGUCUUAUUACUAUCUGCUGCGGUAGUUGCAUGGUUCUUGCCAGCGGAAAAGAAAUUAGACGAUGAACAAUGAAGGAAUAAAGCUGUUAUGGAAAAUUGGCCUGAAGCAAUAGAUCUCUUACAAGACAAUUAAAUGAUACAGGAAUCUCUACUUUAAGCUCCAACAGUUUUAUUGGUUGAAUAAAUUAACACUCAAAGUAUUUACAAGCAGCCGAGAGGUGAAUAUGCUGGAUUUCGUGUUACUACCUCUUAGGUUUCUGAUUCAAUUUUUGGAUGGGUCAAUGUAGAAAGUGGAAAUGAACUUUUAAAUAUUGUUUCUCGUGUAUGUUAGUAUGAUGUACUUGUUGUGAUAAAACAAGUGCUUCAGAAUGUUUAGCCAUUCCGAUCACAGCAAUUUAGAAAUGUGAUGUCAUAAUUAAUUAAGUAUUAUUAUUUAUCAUUUGCUUAUUUACUUGGUACUGGUAUACCAAAUGUUUUAGCUGGACUAAGACUAUUAGGAACUAAGUUUUGUUUUUUUAAAUCAAGUGUAUUCUACUUUACCAGUGGGUUUUAUUAUUUUUGUAUGCUUACGAAAAAAUAAUUAUUUUAAUGGAUCUGUUCGAUAAGCUGAUGCUAUGCCAAGUUGUACAAAACUGUAAUAUUUCUCCACUUGAUUUUAAACCUUAAUAUGUUGCGGGUAAAGUUAAAAAUCUACUGCGGAACUUUGACAUUUUGUAGUAAUCUGAUUAUGCUGCUGUUUGACAACACCAAUUAUUGUAAAAUACCAAAAACACACGGGGCAACAUAGCUAACAACAUUACUUUG